ACAGCCGGCUCCCAGGUACACAAGAUUGUGCCUACAUUUUGAUGUAGGAUCAGCUACUGGGGAUGUACAUGCUACAUACACACCAAUACCACAAUACCAUCCACGGAGGUAGGUGAAAUAUUCCAACACAGAAAAGCCAAAUGUCGAAUUGCAAUACAUGCCAGCAUACCUGCAUUUCAUUAUAGGAUCAGCUGCAAGGCUUUCUACAGCGUGCGACAGGGACGGGAUAAGGAAGAGGGGGCACCCGAGGCAGGAGAAUCAGUCAAUCGAGUUAAAGAAGUUUGACUUCAAAUACAAUCGAAAUGGCGGGGAGGUGCUGGAACUCGACCAUCUGGUACGCCUGCCCCUGCGCCUCUCCCUCUCCUUCUCCUUCUCGCAACUUGGUCGUCCGCUCCAAAGUCGGAUUCUUCCAAGAUAUCGCCGAAAUCGCCCACAACAAAGUGCUCAUCGCAGCUGGUGUAUCGACGGCCAUCGGGCAGCUGUCCAAGCCCUUCACAUCGCCGGAGGGAGAUGCCAAGCAUUUCGAUUUCAGAGUCGCCUUUCGUUCCGGUGGUUUCCCUUCCUCCCACUCCGCCGCAGUUGUGGCCACCGCUACCUCCCUUUCUUUCGAGAGGGGGUUCUCAGAUUCAAUCUUUGGACUCUCGGUUGUGUAUGCUGCACUUGUCAUGUAUGAUUCCCAGGGCGUAAGGAGAGAAGUGGGGAAACAUGCCAAGGUGAUGAAUGGAGCUCUGCUCAAGAAAGCACGGGUGAAAUCUCCAUCCGUGGAGAGUGACACAGUGGGAAAGCCAUCUUCGUUACCCAUCAAUUCGGGUCAAAGCAGCCAGUUCCCGAGCAAACUACAAUUACGAAUGGGUGAUGAUGGGGAAAAUAUAUCUGGUAUAGUUGGAGAGGGUGGAACCAGGCUGAAAGAAUCGGUUGGGCACACGGAGGUGGAAGUUUUAGCCGGUGCUGUAUUGGGCUUUGUGGUCAGCAUGGUUGUAAAUACCUUGAUGUAGUAUUAGUUUUUUCUACUAUGCCUGCAUUUUUUUCGUCCUUCCUCCUUAAGUUUGGACUGGAAACGAGAUUUGAGUCCCAGGAUCAUGUGUUUCCUUGGCGACUCCUUUAAUUCGUUAUUCUUCUUAGUGAUUGCAAAACAAUUGCGGGAAUAAUACGAUAAGAAAAUAAGUAAUGGAUCACCCUUUUCUUUA